AUGAAGAGUUACAUAUUUGUACUAAUCAAAGUGAUGUCUCUCUUUAGAUAUAAUGUAAUUCUCACUUCUAAGAAGCAAAUUAAACGUAGCUGUGGAAGCAGAAAACUGAUGCCUCAGCAGCUCUUCUGUUUGAGAGUACAGUAUGAGCAAGGUGUAUCCAAAAAUAAUUCUAACAUAAAAGAACAGCGGUCAGAUAAACUAGACUCUGUAGCAAAAGAUUUACUUCCAGCAAAAAGUAUUCACCAUUCUGUAAACAAGUUUCUAAAUGCAAAAGUUCAUCAUCAGAGAAGUAUAAGCAAAUAUUCCUUAACAGGUCAACAGCUGAAGAAAGAAUAUUUUCAUCUGGGGAAAAAUAACUACCAAAUCACACCUGUUAAUCGCUGUCUCAUUUCUGGCAACCUGUAUGGGAUUUCAAGAAAGUUGCUGAGGAUAAAAGAGAAUCUUAGUCAUCCACUAGUAGUCCAGUAUUCAACAACUGUUAAUCAGUGGUCUGCUGCUGGUAAUCAGCCAACUGUAGACAACAGUCGGAGCAACAUGGCUGACACAGAGCAUCCUGCAACAGGUUUUCAUCAUGUCAAGUGUCCAUCAACUGCCCACGGAGGACCUGCUGUCUCAGAUGAUGAUGUCCAGUUGAUGAAUGAUGCCAGGAAAAUAUUCGACGAAGCUGUUGAGUCAGUUCUUCCACAUCAUUUGGUUAGAAAUAAACUGAAGCUUUCUCAAAGUGGCACUGUUCUGAAAGUGGAUGAGGCAGAAUACCGUCUGCAGAAAAAUGUCUAUGUAAUAGGCUUUGGGAAGGCAGUCAUCGGCAUGGCCAGGGCUGUAGAUGAUUCUAUAGGAGAGCACAUUGUUAAAGGGGUUAUCAGCGUCCCUGUGGGAAUCCAGCAGAUGUUUAACGAGGAAGGCAAACAAGACAUGCUUGUGAAGCCAGACUCUCGUAUUAAAGUCAUGGAAGGAGCUCCAGGUAACCUGCCUGAUGAAGCAGCUCAUGAGGCAGCCAGAGAGAUCAUUAAGAUAGCUGAAGCAGUGAAGGAGGAUGACAUUUUGAUAGUGCUCAUUUCAGGUGGAGGGUCAGCAUUGCUGCCAAGUCCAAAACCACCAGUGACCCUCAAGGACAUGUUAUCACUGACCAGGUUAAUGUCCAGAUCUGGAGCCAAUAUUGUUCAGAUGAACACUGUGAGAAAGGAAAUUGAGAUUUUGAAGGGAGGAGGUCUAGCCAAACUGGCACAGCCUGCAAAGAUCAUCUCCCUUAUUCUGUCUGAUAUAAUCGGCGAUCCCUUAGACUUCAUUGCUUGUGGACCUACAGUAAAGAACGCAUGCACCCUUGAAGAUAGCACCCGAGUUUUAGAUGAGUUGAACAUCUGGUCCUCCAUCCCACAAUCUGUGAACAAACUGCUGAAGGAAGAACACAAUAAACGGCUUGAAGGUGACAGGGAAAAUGUAAACUGGUCUCUUGUGCAGAAUGUUCUAGUUGGUUCCAACAAGAGUGCUUGUGAGGCAGCAUGUGCUAGAAGUUCUAGUCUGGGCUAUUUGCCGUACCUGCUGUCCACACAAGUUGAAGGUGAAGCUCAAGAUGUUGGUCGGAUGUAUAUAAGUCUGGCAAAGUACAUAUCUUUGGGGCUGAAAGAAUCUGUGCAGAAAGAGGAACUAUCAGAUCUAGAAAAAAAGUUAGUAAAUACGUUUAAAAUUACAACUGAAAAGUUACGGGAAAUGCAAGUUCUUGCUCAACAGGCUGUAACAUCUGGUAAAAAGGGAGUGUGCAUUGUUGCAGGAGGGGAGACCACUGUCAUUGUGAAAGGUAAAGGUAUCGGUGGCAGAAAUCAAGAAAUGGCAGUAGCUGCAGCAUUGCAACUUGAAAAUCAAUUUCCGAACCUAGGCAAAGUGCAUGGUAGUAGCCAGUUACCUGUACCAACAAAUGUUGUAUUCUUAGCUGCAGGAACAGACGGCAUUGAUGGUCCCAACCCAGCUGCAGGUGGUGUCAUUUCUGUAGGUUUCAAAGCUGAUGCAGCAGUAGCAGGACUGGAUGUUGUUGAUUUUCUCAGUAGAAAUGACACUUAUACACUGCUGUCUCAGGUGGAUCAGGGGUUAAAUCAUGUGAUUACAGGGCAUACCGGUACAAAUGUCAUGGAUAUUCACAUUUUGUUAAUUACCACAUCUUAG